UUUCUGAAGCUUAAAAAUGUGUUCUGUUGUGCAAACAAUCGAAACAACAAACAACAAACUGAGAUUAUUUUUUAUUAGAACUAUGAAUACAUGUAUCGCAAGUGAAAAUCAAAUGUGCCCGCUGUUUUUAACGCCCACUCAAAUAAAUUACGAGCCACGCCCUUCAUAAACAGCAAUCAUGGAACUUUUAAAGAUUGUUCUGUGCCUUCUCUUUCUUUCUCACUCCUCUCUCUCGUGUCCAAGUCACUGUGCCAUUUGUUUGAACACCUUGUACAUCUGCAAUAAAUGGAAGCCAUCCUAUGAUCUCAGCUCUCAUAGUGAAAUUUCAGCUAUUAAUAGUAACGCAUUCAUCAAUGCAGGCCAAAUGGUCAACCUUGAUAUAUCUACUAAUGCCGUUAGUGUUAUGGAGGACAAUGCAUUUAAUGGUCUAAUAAGUUUACAGUCUCUUAAUUUAUCACAUAACUCAUUGACUGCACUACCUGAUGGUAUAUUCCAGCCAUUGAUCAGUCUACAGACACUGGACUUGAGUCAUAAUAGUAUCAGUGAAUUGAAUCCAGCGGCCUUCACUGGACUAACUAACCUCACUAAACUAUAUUUAAACAGCAACCAGAUAUCUGGGCUUUCAGCUGAUGCAACAAAUGCCCUAUUUAAUAACCUUCCUUCCUUACAGAAUAUUACUUUGUCUGCAAACAAUUGGCACUGUGACUGUAACCUGACUCAACUGCAAGCUGUCUUGUUGUCUUCCUCUUCUAAAGUGACUGAUAGUUCAGCUAUGGUUUGUCAUUUACCAUCUGAUCUAAGCAAUUCACUUAUAACUGGUUUGAACUUUUACUCAAAUCCUCUUUGUUUUACAAGUAGCCCCUCUCUCUCUCCUUCUCUCUUCCUCUCUCCCUCUUCAUCUUUAAUUCCAUUCACUUCAUCUGACACUCUCUUCUCUCCUUCUCCGACUAUUUUUUCAUCUUCGCUGGAAGUUCUUUCUCCUUCUCCCUCACUUGCUUCUUCAUCCAUUGUGAUGUCUUCAGUCUUCUCUCCUUCUCUUAUCUCUUCAUCUCUCACUUCACCUUCUCCUUCUCUCAUUUCUUCUAACGAACCUCCUCCUUUCUCAUUCUUCUCUUCCUCUACCUUUUCAUCUCCAUCGUUAGCUUUAUCACCUUCAUCCUCCAUCAUUUCUUCAUAUUAUUCUGAAACGAUGUCAUCUUCAUCAACCAACAGUUUGUUACUAUCAUCAACUUCAGUAAUAAAUUCAACUAGUACAACAACUGUAGCUUCUUCUACUGUAGCAGCUUCUUCAACUGUAGCAGUCACUUCAACUCCAGUUCCAUCAGUAGUAACUUUCACUACAACAAGUACUGACUAUCAAUCCUCAACUACAGUAUCUCCUACUUCUACAAUUGCUGUAACAACUUCAUCAACAACCACACCAUCAGUUACUAGUACUUCUGUAUCACCUACCACUCCAGCAGUCUCUCCUACUCUAACUCCUCAGCCUCACUGCACUUCUAAUGCUUCAGAUACUAAUGUAGGUCUGUUGGUUUGGCCUCCCACUGAAGGAGGGAAGUCAGUUAGCAUACCCUGUCCUUAUGGACCACCUAAUGCCUUCAGUACAAGGCAUUGUGUCCUUAUACCAGCCACUGGUGAUGCAGUGUGGGGUGCUCUUGAACUAGGAUCAUGUUUUACUGUUAAUAACAGGCUCCAGUUACUAUUGUUUGAAACUGUUACUGAUAGUAAUGUGUUGUCUUUAUCAGAGGAACUAGCUGAUAUACCAUUUCAUCAUUUAUCAUCUGAUGACAUUGAUAACUUUAUCAACAUUGCUUCAAGAGUAUUUCAACACGGAAAAAACAAUAUCACUGUUGUGGUUAAUGUACUGUCUGCCAUUGAUCUUCUUCUUGACUCUGACAACGUUCAAAAUUUAAUAAGUUCAGACAACAUUGAUAAUAUUCAUACUCUGAUAUCUACUGCAUUAUUUGGUGCAGUCAAUGCUAAUAACACUCAACAGAUACUCCAGUUCUCAAGGUUACUGAUCGGCGCUAAGUAUAUUCAAGAGUCUGAGGUCAUAGCUGAAGUGGAAGUUCUUGGCGAGGGAAGACUCUCUUUUGUAGCAGCUGGUACUAAUGUCACUGGAGAGAUUAUUAUUGAUAUUAGGAGUAAUGAACUAGGUGGACACACUGUACAGGUGACAGUAUACAAUGAUACUACAUUAUUCUCAAGUAGUUGUCUCUCACUAGCUGCUAGCCACGGUCCAGUCUGUAGCGUUCAAUUAGUGUCGCCUGUAGCUGUGACAUCGGUCAACGGUUUACUUGGAGACGAGGGAAUUAACAUAACAUUUGAGAAUAUAAUGACUGAGGGCAGUCCAAUGCUGUACUGUGCAAUGUGGAAUGUUAGCAACAUUGAUGGUGGUCAAUGGGAUUCCAGUGGUUGCGGUACUAAUGUAAUGUCAAGUCUGAACUCAGUUCAAUGUAGUUGUACGGCUUCUGGUACAGUUGCAGUAUUACAAUUGAUAUCAACUAAUGGAACUAGUUCUCCUACUAAUGGACAGUCCCCUUCUUCUCCUUUUGGGUAUUAUGCUUCUCUAGUAUUCUACAUUGCUGGAGGACUGAGUGCUCUACUUCACCUACCAAUAAUAAUAGUCACUGCUAAAAUAUCAUACAAGUAUGAAAUAGUACGUAAUAUCCAGGCCUUGCUCCAUCACAGUAUAACACAAAUGAUUGUCUUCAUAGCAAUGAUCAUCUCAUUUCAAAGGAAUGAGAUACAGCAGCUCUGCUUAGCUCUUGGCUCCUUCCUCCAUUACAUUAUACUAGUGUCAUACCUGUGGAUGAUAUUCCGUGUUUUGAUUACUUGUAUGAGUCAGAUUAGGUACAAGAAACUGUACGAAAGAGAUUGCUUCAUACUGCCAUUCUUCUUCAUAGCUUGGUCUUUACCAAUACUACCUGUUGUCAUAUACGGUGUAAUAUCAUUCACUAAUUCUAGAGAGGAAUUCAAUGAUAUUCAAAACUGCUGGAUUGAGAGCUUUGCUUUUCCAAAUUAUUUCGUAUAUUUGUGUUUAGUCAGUAGUCUUCUCCUGGUCCUUCUAUUACUCAUUGCAUUCCCACUCCUAGCCUGCAGUAGCUUUGUGAUAAACACUUCGUCAUAUUACCAGCUCUUUGGUCUACUGGUUGAGACAGUGUUCUUCAGUGGUAUGAUAGCGAUACACUUCAUCACUGCACACCAGCAGUCAGAAGUGCUCAUAUCCCUCCUGUGUGGAAUGAUGCUACUUACUAGCGGGUACUACUUCAUAUCUAACGGUUUUGCAAGAAAUAAAAUUAGAAAAACUCUACUCUGUCAAGAAGACCGACCGUACUACAGUAAAGGACGUCCUUUCUCGGGGCAGGAGACUCCAACCACAACUCCAAGCUCAACGAUGAGUGACGUAGCUAAGAAGAGAAGACAGCAGAGGCAGUAUCCAUAUGCAGUGAGGAUGAGUCAUGAGAUGAACAUGGACUAUCUGGGAGGCUAUUAUGGUUACCCUAUUGAGCUCUGGAGUGAAGUGGGGGAGGGAAGGAGAGUGAGAAAGAAGACAGAGUUUUUCUCUGGUCACAGGAAAAGAGGAUCCUCUGAAGUUUAAAACAAUUAAAUUAAUGUACUGAUAAUUGUUUGUUAUUGUGUGAUUGUCCAGUUGAUACACAUGUAUAUACAUUAUACCUUAUAUUUAU